GGCUGGAGAGAAGCCAUGCUUUUUAUGGCAGGCCCUGCAGCUAGCUGGUCCCUGAGGCCCCUGGGACUCCAUGGCGUCCCCCAAGCCUUGUGUGCUGUCCUCUUAACAGUGCUGGUCAUGAAGACCUUGGUUCUCGGCGAUACCAAGCUUGAGGACCUUCACCCUCAGUCCCUUCCACUGAACAAGUACCUGCAUUGCUACCGAUGUCUGCUGGAGACAGAAGAGCUGGGGUGCCUCCUGGGGUCUGACACCUGCCUGACACCUCUGGGCAGCAGCUGUGUCACCCUGAACAUAAAGAACAGCAGCGGUUUUAAUGUCAUGGUGAGUGACUGCUACAGCAAGGAGCAGAUGGUUCAUUGUUCAUAUACCCGUGCUUCCCCGGUGUUUGGCUUUUGGAUAUUCUAUCAGUGUUGCUUCCUGGAUUUCUGCAACAAUCCGGACAACAGAAAGAAUAGCAUGCACUAGGACAGCAGGAACCCGCCACGUCCGGCCAGCUGACCUCC